CCAUCGAUUUCAACCCUCGUGCUCACUUGCCAGGUCUCCGUUCACCCGCCGCCCGCUGGAGUGCACGAGACGACGAGAGCGCUGAAACUUCCUCCACACCCCCGCCGUAAAACAAUCACCCAGGCCAGGAGCCCCAGCAGCCAGCGGCACAAGUCCACCCCCAAAUCCACACGGAACAGGGCAAACCCUCUCCCCAUGGACCAGCCGAAGCCGACGCCGUCGGCGGCCGCCUCGCCGGCGGGGGCGGACGCGGCGCCCAACCCCUACGCCUUCACGUGCGAGCUCCCCCACUCGAUCUACGCGCUGGCCUUCUCCCCCUCCGCGCCCGUCCUCGCCGCCGGGAGCUUCCUCGAGGACCUCCACAACCGCGUCUCCCUCCUCUGCUUCGACUCCGUCCACCCCACCGCCGCCUCCUUCCGCGCCGUCCCCUCCCUCUCCUUCGACCACCCCUACCCGCCCACCAAGCUCCAGUUCAACCCGCGCGCUGCCUCCACGCCCCUCCUCGCCUCCUCCUCCGACGCCCUCCGCCUCUGGCACGCCCCCCUCGACGACCUCUCCGCCUCCGCCCCCGCCCCCGAGCUCCGCUCCGUCCUCGACAACCGCAAGGCCUCCGCCUCCGACUUCUGCGCGCCCCUCACCUCCUUCGACUGGAACGAGAUCGAGCCCCGCCGCAUCGGGACCGCCUCCAUCGACACCACCUGCACCGUCUGGGACAUCGAGCGCGGCGUCGUCGAGACGCAGCUCAUCGCGCACGACAAGGCCGUGCACGACAUCGCCUGGGGGGAGGCCGGCGUCUUCGCCUCCGUCUCCGCCGAUGGCUCCGUCCGCGUCUUUGAUCUCCGGGACAAGGAGCACUCCACCAUCGUCUACGAGAGCCCCCGCCCGGACACGCCGCUCCUCAGGCUUGCCUGGAACCGCUAUGACCUACGGUACAUGGCCGCCCUGCUCAUGGACAGCAACGCCGUCGUUGUGCUCGACAUACGCGCACCCGGGGUGCCUGUGGCCGAGCUACAUCGGCAUGGGGGAUGCGUCAACGCUGUUGCGUGGGCACCGCAGGCUGCAAGACACCUCUGCUCCGCAGGGGACGACGGGCAGGCGCUCAUCUGGGAGCUGCCUGAGGCACCGGCAGCAGUGCCUCCCGAAGGGAUUGAUCCAGUUCUUGUUUAUGAUGCGGGUGCCGAGAUAAACCAGCUGCAGUGGGUGGCCGGACACCCGGACUGGAUGGGCAUUUCCAUUGAGAACAAGGUCCAGCUUCUCCGGGUCUGACAAGAACAUCUCUGAAGAACGCUCAAUUCAAGGGAACAUUUCUGAAGAACGCUCAAUUCAAGGGAACAUUUCUGAAGAACGCUGAUUCAAACUAUCUGACAUAUUUGGUACGCCAUUGACAUCGAAGAAGUCAUGCUGCUUUCUCUUCUGUGACACAUUUCGCUACCAUGGAAUGAUUUGUUGUCGGCAUCAUCAGCCCCACUGUCUGAGCCUAGUAGAUUGAUCUCACUGCGAACAUGGACAUAUAGUCUAUAGCAUCUGCUAGUGUUAGUAAAGGGAGUUGGAGGUUGGCUCUGGUCAAGUGGUCACUCGUUGCGCUGGGCUUCCUAGUAUUUCCAGUUUUCUAUUUUACUCUUUCUUUCGGGUGGACACAGUUUCCUUUGGUCGUCUGUUCAUACUCGGGCUGUAUAUUGUGAUAUUUAUUUUCGAGCUGAAUUUGCACAUAUCA